UUCUUUUUGUUUUAUGUCAACGAAAUUUAUAGCAGCAAGAUUUUCAAGUCCUGUUAAUACUCGUCUUCUACCUCAUUAUUUUGGAUGGAUUCCAUAGCUCUAAACUAAAGUAUCGGAUAUACAUGAUAAUUUGAAAAGAUAUAAUAUAUGAAGGCCUAUAUAGAUCAACGGCUAUUAUCGUCGAGAAUUGGGCUUCGUUUUCUUAGUCAACAAGCGAACGCUAAGAAAUAUUCCAAUUCGCUUUGUUUACCAAAAACAACUUUCCCUAUUCGCAAUGAUGAACGUGAAAAUGAGAAGAAAUAUAUGAAAGAAAUAACCGAUGAUUUAUACAUAUGGCAAAAAAAGAACAUACCAUCUUCAGAAUCCUUCAUUCUCUUAGACGGACCACCGUACGCGAAUGGGAAGUUACACAUCGGCCAUGCAUUGAAUAAGAUUUUGAAAGACAUGGUGAAUAGGUGGAAACUUUUAAAUGGCCGUCAAAUUAGAUACGUUCCCGGAUGGGAUUGUCACGGACUUCCUAUCGAACUGAAAGCGUUGCAGCAGAAUGUACAAGAAGGAUCUCCUUCACAGAUAAGAAAAACUGCUGAAGAUUUUGCGAAAAAUGCCAUGGAUGAUCAAAUGAACCUCUUUCGACGUUUAGGCGUUAUGGCAGACUGGUCGUCUAGAUAUACAACCAUGAGCCACGAGUAUCAAAUUUCAGAAUUGCAAGUGUUCCGAACUUUAGUCGAGAAGGGCAUGAUUUUUCGUCAGUUUAAACCUGUAUAUUGGAGCCCGUCCAGUCGUUCAGCUCUUGCAGAAUCUGAAAUUGAAUAUAAUGAUAGUCAUGUUAGUUCUUCGCUUUAUUUUUCCUUCCCAGUGAAUAAUUUUACUAGCAAUGGGAAAUACUAUGAAAAUGUCAAAGCUUUAGUUUGGACAACUACUCCAUGGACCAUACCCUCCAAUUUGGCACUUGCCUUUCAUCCAAAUGUGAAUUAUGGAAUAUUUUCCAAUGGUGAGCAGAAGUACAUUGUAGCAAAGAACUUGGUGCCUUUCUUAAGUCUUUUAAAAGAUUUUGAAGAGGUUGAAACUUGCACCUGUAAAACUCUUCAAUCACUAACAUAUCAAAAUCCCUUAAUCCCUGGAAAAGUACAUCCAUUUCUUCCUGCUGAGUAUGUAUCAGAUACCACCGGUACUGGUAUUGUGCAUGUCGCUCCGGGUCACGGAAUUGACGAUUAUUUAUUAGGUUUAGAACAUUCUCUGUCUCCCUUUUCUCCUGUAGAUGACAAUGGCGCGUACACAAAAGAUGCUCUAGAUGGAUCCCUAAUUGGCUUGGACGUUUUAAAUGAGGGAGGAAAAAAAGUCCUUGAGCUGAUGAAAGCAAAGGGUAUGGUAGUUCAGCUGACUUCUUAUAAACAUCGUUAUCCAUAUGACUGGCGAAACAGAAAGCCGUUAAUAUUAAGAGCAACCGCUCAGUGGUUUAUUUCUUUAAAAUCUGUAAAGGAUAAAGCAAUUGAAGCUCUUCAAUCUGUUAAGAUGAUUCCUGCAAAUGGAAUGUCACGACUCUCCGGGUUUUUGAAUAGUCGACCUGAAUGGUGUAUUUCAAGACAACGUUCAUGGGGUCUUCCAAUCCCUGUACUUUAUGAGAAGUCAUCUGGAGAACCGCUACUUACGCCCACAAGUAUUUCUUAUAUCAUAAGCAAGAUGGAAGUGAAAGGGGUUGACGCCUGGUUCAAUGAUGAUGAAGAUAUUAAUUGGGUUCCUCCAGAAUUUAGAACUAAAGAAUACGUUCGUGGUAAAGAGACCCUUGAUGUUUGGUUUGAUUCUGGAAGUGGCUUUACUACAGUACCGUUCCGUAAGAAUAAGCCUCUUAUAGACUUGUGUCUUGAGGGUAGUGAUCAACAUAGAGGUUGGUUUCAGUCUCUUAUUUUAAUCUAUCUUGCCGUUUCCGGUUCGAAGAAUUCGCCUUUUAUGUCCUUAUUCACUCAUGGGUUUGUUUUCGACGAGAAAGGCAUGAAACAAUCGAAGUCUUUGGGAAAUGUCACUGAUCCAGAAGACAUUUUAGAUGGAAAUAAUCGUACCUCGAAAAAGCAAUUGUACGGCAUUGACUUGUUAAGACUAUGGGUUGGCAGUUGCGAUAGCACAAACGAUAUAAAUCUCGGUCCCAAUUUAUUAAAUCAAGUCGGAGAGUCAUUGAAAAAGUGGAGGCUUACUUGCAGGUUUUGCUUGGGAAAUUUGUAUGACUUUUCUUUGAAGGACGAGGUUGCCUAUAAUCAACUCCACCGUAUUGAUCAAGUGGCUUUAGCAAAGACCGCAGAAUUUCAAAAUGAAAUUCAAAGUAGUUAUGAAUCACUUACUUUCAAUAAGGCUGUCCAAAGUAUUUUACAAUACAUGAAUAGCUUUCUUUCUUCUACAUAUUUCGAUUCAAUCAAAGAUCGAUUAUACUCAGAUGACCCAAACAGCCUUUCUAGACGAAGUGCUCAAACUACACUAUACAAAAUUCUGCUAACAAUCAUAUGGUCGAUUUCACCUAUUGUACCUCUGUUGUCCCAAGAGGUUUGGAGGAGCUUUCCCAAUACUUUACAGCCUUCCUAUUCAACACCUUUUCAUGCUGGUGCUAGUUUUUUGCUUCAGGGAAUUCAGGAGUCAGUAAGUCUAGAAAAAAGUUUGUUGCUGGAAGAGUACCAAUUAUUGCAAAAAAUCAAGUACUCCUUCAACCUAUUACUACAAGAAGCAAGAAGCCAACAUGGUAUUCGAAGCCCCUUGGAAACAGAGGCUCUCAUAGGUAUCGAACACGAAGGCUUACAGAACGUUCUUAAGAAAUAUGGAAAUGACUUAUCCUUGAUUUUAGGAGCCUCAAAGGUUCAUAUGGAUAGAUCCAAUACUACUGAUGAGUCAAAGAAUUCGUUGUGGGCUUUACAAGAUGUAUUGCAAUGCAAUCUUGGAAAAUUACAAAUAAAGAUUAAGCCUGCGCAAUUAAAAAAAUGCUUGAGGUGUUGGAUGCAUACUGUCUCAGAAGGAGAAGUAUGCCAACGUUGCAACGGCGUACUUUCCUCUUAGAAUAUACGUUUCUUUUAUGAAAAGUAAAUAUUUUUUUUUUAACUUAGACAAAUUUCAAUUUCCCUUAAUCAAUCUUUUUGAUAUCUUUUACUAUUAUAAGUAUUUGUUCAAUUUAGUGAGACUUCAUCUU